AUGGUCAGUGCCUCAGGAUGGUCAGUGUCUCAGGACGGUCAGUGUCUCAGGACGGUCAGUGCUUCGGGACGGCUAGUGUCUCGGGAUGGUCAGUGCCUCAGGAUGGUCAGUGUCUCAGGACGUUCAGUGCUUCGGGAUGGCCAGUGUCUCGGGAUGGUCAGUGCCUCAGGAUGGUCAGUGUCUCAGGACGUUCAGUGCUUUGGGAUGGCCAGUGUCUCGGGAUGGUCAGUGCCUCAGGAUGGUCAGUGUCUCAGGACGGUCAGUGUCUCGGGACGGUCAGUGUCUCGGGAUGGUAAGUGCCUCAGGAUGGUCAGUGUCUCAGGACGGUCAGUGCCUCAGGACGGUCAGUGUCUCGGGAUGGUCAGUGCCCUCAGGAUGGUCAGUGCCCCAGGACGGUCAGUGCCUCAGGACGGUCAGUGCCUCAGGACGGACAGUGUAUCGGGACAGUCAGUGUCUCAGGACGGUCAGUGCCCCGUGACGGUCAGUGCCUCGGGACGGUCAGUGCCUCAGGACGGUCAGUGUCUUGGGACGGUCAGUGCCUCAGGACGGUCAGUGCCCUGGGAUAAUCAGUGCCUCGGGACAGUCAGUGUCUUGGGACGGUCAGUGUCUCAGGAUGGUCAGUGCCUCGGGAUGGUCAGUGCCCUGGGACGGUCAGUGCCUCGGGACAGACAGUGCCCUCAGGAUGGACAGUGUAUCGGGGCAGUCAGUGUCUCGGGACUGUCAGUGUCUCAGGACGGUCAGUGCCCCGGGACGGUCAGUGCCUCGGGACGGUCAGUGCCUCAGGACGGUCAGUGCCUCAGGGCGGUCAGUGCCCUGGGAUGGUCAGUGCCUCGGGACAGUCAGUGUCUUGGGAUGGUCAGUGCCUUGGGAUGGUCAGUGCCUCGGGAUGGUCAGUGCCUCGGGAUGGUCAGUGCCCUGGGACGGUCAGUGCCUCGGGCAGACAGUGCCCUCAGGACGGACAGUGUCACAGGACGUUCAGUGCCUCAAGACAGUCAGUGCCAUGGGAUGGUCAGUGCCUCGGAACGGUCAGUGCCUCAGGACAGUCAGUGCCCUGGGACGGUCAGUGCCUCAGGACGGUCAGUGCCUCAGGACAGUCAGUGCCCUGGGAUGGUCAAUGCCUCAGGACAGUCAGUGCCCUGGGACGGUCAGUGCCUUGGGACAGUCAGUGUCUUGGGACGGUCAGUGCCUUGGGACAGACAGUGCCCUCAGGACGGACAGUGUCACAGGACGUUCACUGCCUCAAGACGAACAGUGCCUCGGGACGGCCAGUGUCCCGGGAUGGUCAGUCCAUCAGGACGGUCAGUGCACCAGGACAGUUAG